GUAAUUCACCGAUUCGGUUUCAAAAAUGGCCGGAUUUAGUUUAGAAGAAUCGGCUGUAAAAAUACUUGGAGUGACAAUUGCCGUCAUUGGUGCAAUUUAUUUAAUUUAUCCACCAGGACUUCUCCUAAUUCCAUUAUCUCUUUUCAUCUUUUCCUACACCACGAAAAAUGAAAAAUGUUCCAGUAAAAAUGUCGACACCUUCUUUUCCGGUUUCAAAAUUGGUGGACAUCGUGGAGCACCGAAGAGUUUUCCAGAGAACAGUAUGGCUGGAUUUGCACAGGCAAAAGCCGAUGGAGCUGAUUUGAUAGAGUUUGAUGUGGCUUUGACAAAAGAUGGAAAAGCUGUUUUAAUGCAUGAUGAUGAUUUGGAUAGAACUACGGAUAUGAAGGGACCAAUUAGAGAUAAAACCCGUGCUGAACUAGAUCGUUGUGAUAUUUCUGCAACUUUUAAAAGAACUGCACCCGGAGACCACUGUCGUUUGGCUACCGUAUCUCGUGAACGUGUCCCAGAUAUGGAGGAUGUUGUUAAAUGGGCAGUUGAGAACAAUACUCGAAUGCUUUUUGAUGUUAAGGAUUCCGAUAAUGAGCUCGUUGAUCAAAUUGCCAAUCUUUUUCAAAAAUACAAUCUCUAUGACAAGGCAAUCGUAUGCAGUUUCUUCCCUUGGGUUGUAUAUCGUAUCAAGAAAGGAGAUCAAAAGAUUUUGACGGGUUUGACGUGGCGUCUCAAGUUCUGGUCUUACCACGACAUUGAGAAUAUCCGUCCAAGAUACUCGGGACCAAAACAAAUGCUUUUUGAAAUGAUUGAUGUUGCUCAUGUUUGGCUUCUAAAAAAAGUUACUCCUUGGUAUCUUGGAGCUGAUCUUUUGCUUACGAAUAAUUUGGAUAUUUCUCAGUUUAUGAAUGGAUAGUAACAAUAUCAGCUUCGUAGAAGAAGUAUUCGAGGAUAUAGAAGAUGAGUGUGCCUACUCUCCACCAAUAUUUCUCGAGUGGAAAAUGGUUUUUGUGGGUGUGAUUGGAUUAAUAGUUGCACUCAUCAGUAUUGUUCACAAUUCACUUCUCUUCUACACAUUUAGUACAUCUACAGUACUCCGGAAACGAAACCUGACAUAUUUGAUGUGGAUUUCCGGAUGCGAUGUUUUCAUCUCGAUUUGUUAUAUUGCAAUUAUGUGUGUUCAGGUGUACACCGACUAUUUCGUAUCAUUCAAGUUAUUAGUUUUAUGGCAUGACUAUUUACGGACUGCUUUCACAGUGUCUCAUAUCACCUUAUCGGCUGCUUCAUUUCUUCUUAUGGCCGCAACAGUUGAAAGAUAUCUUCAAAGUACUGCCGAUAACAGGACUCUGAAGUUAUUUCAAAUUCUCGCAACCCACAGGACAUAUGUUGUUUUUUGUUGUUUCCUAGCGAGUCUCAUAUUUCGAGGAACCGUGUUUUUUGAGAUUGAGGUUGUUACUCAACCGAAUUGUACGGGAUUUUCAUCAAUGGGUUUGGCAGUUGUACCAAUGUUUGGAGAAAGUAUGGAUGUUGUUUGGAGAUUUUUUAUUCGAAAAAUUGUUACCGUUUUCUUGCCAUUUGCAGUUUUGGCAUACUUCAAUGCAGCAAUUGUAAUGAAUGUGCGAAGGACUGAUCGGGAUCAAACAGUCAAAGCAUUGGUUUUAUUUAUUACUGUUGGAACAAGAGGAGAAGUUACACGAUUGAGAUCACGGCUGAGAGCUGUUACAAGAAUGCUUGUUAUGGUUGUUACUGGAUAUCUACUUGCGAAUAUUUUAGAUAUUAUUAUUGCGUUUUGGGAGACAAUCAAUAUUCAAAGUCUUCAAGAACUUCCUUCAUUAUAUACAGUACUUUCGGACAUUUCAUCAUUUUUACCAAUUGCUGCAUGUGCUCUUCGUCUCCCUAUCUACACAAUUAAUGAUCGUCAAAUUAGAGUCGAGGUUCGAAGAAAGUUUUGUUAUCUCAUAACGAGAUGUUGCACAUGUUGUCCAGGAGUUCUUUGCGAUACUCAUCAAAGAAAGAAACUUCAUGAUAAUCAGUUGGAAUCGGAAAGACUUUGGCCCAAGAAUGAGCCAACUCCAAAACUUGAGCAUGAAAUGACACAACUAUGGACAAAGUCUACUGAAAGACUUGGCUGAAAAAAGAUCAGAAAUUACGGCCUUCAAUCCCUAAUAAUGGCUCGAGCUUCUCUCUCCACAAAGGAAAUCUACGACAUUCACCGGUUCCGAGAAACUUAUGAUGUUUGAACACGAUACCGUUAGGCAAGAAAUGCAACUGUUUCGCUGAAAAUCGGGUUUUUAAUUACUUAUCUUGCUUUACAAAUAAAAUUGUUUUUGGUAAAAAA